CGAAGAUGGAGCUCCCCCCUGACUGAAAUUCCCAGAUUGCUCUCCAACCAAUCCACGGAUAGCUGUCCAUCUGUGGAUAAUACAGUGGAGAACAUGGUCUUUGGACUCUACUACAUCAUAGUUUUCCUCUUGGCCCUAAACGGCAACAGUCUCGCCUUGUGGAUCUUUUUGCGACAGAGAGGCACUUCUUCCCCCGCCAAUGUGUUUUUGCUCCACCUUGCUGUGGCUGACCUGUCAUACGUCUUUAUUUUACCCCUCAGGGCCACUUAUCACUUAACCGGGGGCCACUGGCCAUUCGGCGAAGUCCCUUGUCGUCUCGCAGGCUUUCUUUUUUAUGUAAACAUGUACGCCAGUUUAUACUUCCUGGCUUGUGUUGCAGGUGACAGAUAUCUUGCUGUAGUGCAUGCCGUACGAUCCCUCAAAGUCAGACACCCUCGAUACGCUCACAUAGCUAGCUUCGCGUUAUGGGCUUUGGUGACUGUCUCUAUGGCGCCCCUACUGGUCACUCAGCAGACUGCAGAGGUGAACGGCUCUACCGUGUGCUUACAGCUGUACAGAGAAAAGGCCUCACGUCGCGCUCUCGUCUCCCUCGCCGUGGCGUUCACCCCCCCUUUCAUCGCCACCCUUUCCUGUUACCUGCUGAUAGUGAACAGUCUGCGGAAAGGUUUAAGGCUGGAGCCUGCGCUAAAACUUCGAGCUCUUCGCACGAUCGGCCUGGUCAUGCUUAUCUACAUUGUGUGCUUUCUGCCUUAUCACUUAAGCCGUGCGACGUUUAUUCUGGGUUAUGGACACCCAGACCUGUCCUGCCAAAUGAAAAGAGGGCUCGCUUUGGCCAACCGUCUUACCUCCUCUCUAACCUGCCUGAAUGGGGCUUUGGAUCCUCUGGUGUACCUGUUUGCUGCUGAAAAGUUUAGGGGGAGCGUUCAAAGACUUCUCUGCAGGGAUAAGUCAGGAGGGUCUGGCGCUAACAGUGGGGAUCUGAAAGGUACACAUGAGAGCUCCCUGAGUGCCAAGUCAGAGUUCUGAUUAAAGUGUUCGUAAAUGAUAUGAGUAUUUCCCCAUAUUUCCUGACUGUAUACAUGUUGCAUGCAUGGUCAAUUUAAGAUCAGGAAUAACUUUAAACAGCCUUAUGUAUCACCAAACAUGUGACUUAGGUAUGUUGAAGUGAAAGUAAUUUGAGACAAGACUGUGAAAAACAAAUGAAUGGAAUUUAUUUCACUAGUAACAUCUAAGUUAAUGUUAAUGUAUGUUGCAAGCUGCAAAACAAUAAUGGCUAAAAACUCAAGAGGCUCAAAAAGGAUAACUUAUGUAUAAGAUUGAGUUCUGUCUUUUGGAAUAGUGUGGUGUUUUUAUAAGCAUUUACCUGACUUAAGUUUUUGCUGUACUUUUGCUUUACUUAAGUUUUGCUGUUAGCGGGUACAAUAACAUCUUAAGUGAAAUCAGUGUGAAACUCACUAAUAACUGUACAUAUAAAAGAUAUGUAUUAUUGAUGGCCAGGGGGGUACUGAUAUUAUAGCACAGUCGGUUGUACAACUGUUGUAAGAACAUGUGAAAGGUUAGCUGUGCUAAUAUUCCUUUAUAAAUUCCUUGACAGCUUGAUAUUAAAGGGGACAUAUCAUGAAAAUCUGACUUUUUCCAUGUUUAAGUGCUAUUAUUGGGUCCCAGUGCUUCUAAUAACCUAGAAAAUCUGAAAAAAAUCAACUCAGUAACUUAGUUUCUCUGCAAGCAUGUGAAAUAAUAGGUAAUUGAAACUUGGAUCCCCUUGUGAUGUCAGAAGGGGAAUACCGCCCCGUAC